GAGGUCGUGCCCGCGUGCGAGUGGCGACAGGACGACCUGGCCAUCAAGGCGGUGCAGGCGCUCGCGUUCACGCGCUGGAAGCAGGGCAGGUACCGGGAGGCCCUCGAGCGCUUCCACGAGCUGGAGGGCUGGUUCGGCAAGAACGCCGCGCUGUGCGAGAACAUCGGGCACACGUACGCUGCCAUAGGAGCGUACGACGAGGCCGAGCUCUACUUCAGCGACGCCAUGGCCUUGACGAAGGCGCUGCCGCAGGGUGUCGAGCCAGACUACGUGCAUCUCAUGCACGUCUCUACCACGGACAAGGAGCCACCGUGCGAAGUGGCACCAGCAGUGGUUAAUGCAGCCUUCGUCGAGGCAGGGAGCAAGGCGAUCCUCUGAGUUCAUUGCUGCUAAAAGCUUUUCUUCAACACGCAACGGCGGCAUUGAUCCAAGCAUGGCAGAAGAAACUGAUGAGGCUACAUUUGGGCACGAUAAGUAUAUCUACUUGACCAACCUAC